AUGAAAUCGGUGUGUGAAAUGCUCACAGGUAGUUGGCAAGACUAGUCACAGCUGUUUCAAUUGCAUUGAUUAAAAAACCAAAAUUCACACUUAAAAUAUUUUCAACAACCAUAACGAUUGUGAAGAAGGUCGAAAAUGUUCUACCAAGUGCUGCGAAAUUUCCAUCGCAUUAUAACAAUUCACACUCCUGCUCCGAAAUACGCGGCAUCAGCAGCUCUGACAUCAGUAUGUCACAAAUUUGGUGUAUUAUCUGUGUGUGGAUUGUCAUCAUCUCCGGCUAAUGCGCAAGAUGGAUCAGGAUACGUUUGUACGAAGGGAGAGCAAGAUGUUGAUGCAGCAUAUGUCGGCCCAGAUGGUCAAUCUGGUCCUCGUGAAAAUGCAUCCAGUUAUGUUGUGCCAUAUUCUACAGAAGACGAGACACCGCGUCGUUACAUUCUAGUUGACGUUUUGCGCACACGCUACCGGCUUUCUGAUAGUGACGUUAAUCGAAUUAUGAGUGAUGAAGUGGUAAAACGAACAUUUCAUCAACGUUCCCUUGUCCGCACACUAGACAUGCUUAGCUUAGAAGGUGUCACAAAACAGAGUUUCAUUAACUAUCCUUGGUUAAUUACGCUGGAAAAAAUGCGUUUGCAGGAUAAGCUCGCUUUAGUCCAAACACUACAACUACGCGACAUCAACGACUUUGUUCCCUUUUUACGUUUGUCUGUUCCACGGUUACGUAAAUUAGUAUCCAUAAUGAAUCGGGAGUCAAAAAUUUUAUCCCAAGGAAACCGCAUUUACUACAUUAGUGAACUUCUGAAAGUCGAUCCAAAAAUCGUUACAAAAUAUUUAUCCAAACGGUUAUUUAUCUUGGAAAUGCCUUUUGAUAUGCUGGAGCAAAAUUUACAACAUAUGAUAAACUACAAUGUUUCGCCGAUAAAUAUUUUAAAAGAUUUAUGGGCUUUUCGAUAUACGCCGAAAUCUGUGCAAUUGCGUUUGGAGCGCGCUAAACGUGCCAAAAAAGAUAAAAUUAUGCCAUGGAUGGUACGUUGUCCCGAGCCUAUACUGCAAAGAUCAUUCAAACUCACGCUAGACGAACUCGCUGUCUUGGGUGAGAAAAAAAAUGUGGUCGAAUAUGUGGCUGAACGUUUGCAAUUCGAUAUUGAAAGUAUGCGUUGUAUAAUGGAGAGACAUCCAGCAGUUAUGCGAGUACGCGUAACAAAGGUAAAAGAAGUACUUGACUAUUUGCUAAACGAAGCUGGUUUCACACGCCACGAAAUCGCAAACGUACCUCGGAUUUUAUGCCAUGGUCUGGAAACAACGAAACAGCGUAUAGAAGAAUUAAAAUCCUAUGGCUGUCGUCCUUCCAGUUUGGUUAUUGUCUGCCGAAGCAAACGUGAAUACGAUAAAUUCGUAAAAUCAUGGUUGGAAACUAACUUGAAAAUGCGCAAAUAUAAGAAGGAUGAUCAGCACAAAGAACCAGAAGAAACAUAAUAGUUUAUUUACCCACGUUUUGUUGUUAUAUUUAUAUACAUACAAUACAUAUGUAUGUAUUUUUUGUAUAGUAAAUUGUAAGAACUGAAAUAUAUGUUAUAGUUAUUUAAUUAUAGAAACUA